GGCCAUGCAUGUACUAUCCACGAACUUAAAAAGGCCAGGAGGUGGAGGCCUUCCUAAUCAAAAGUAUCAUCAAAACAAGAGAGAGAGAGAGAGAGAGAGAGAGAGAGAGAGAAUGGAGGACUACAGUCCUGAUGAGAAUGAAGUACUACUAGCAGAUAUGCCAGUGAGUCCGAGUGGACAGUAUUUCAACAGCUCGAUGUUAUCAGUAUCAAUUCUAGCUGUUUUGGAAUCGGAAGUUCCACUUGACAACAUACCAAGCAUGACAUUGCUUCAGGAUGUCUUCCUCCCCAUCAACCCACGAUUUUCCUCCAUCAUGGUUGGAGACACGAAGGGAUUCAAAAAAUGGAAGAGGGUGGAAGUGAAGCUAGAAGACCACAUCAAGUUCCCUUCUUUACCCUCCGGAAUGUCGCCGGGAUUUUACGACGACUACUUCAACGAUUACUUGUCGAAAAUUUCCUUGGAUCAAUUCCCACAAAACAGACCGUUAUGGGAAGUUCACAUACUCAAAUACCCCACUAGUAAUGCAGCCGGACACAUAAUUUUCAAGCUUCACCACGCCCUUGGCGAUGGUUUCUCUCUCAUGGGAGCUCUUCUUUCUUGCUUACAAAGAGCUGACAAUCCUUCUCUCCCCUUAACCUUCCCUUCUCGUGAAUCUAGCUCGAGAAGGGAUGGAAAAAGUGCUAAAGGGAUAUUUCGGUAUGUGGGUCGGGUUUUCUCUGGGGUUGCCAAUACCGUAUCGGAUAUUGGGUUAGCCCUUGUGAAGAGUAGCUUCCUUACAGAUGGACGGACACCGAUCCGGUCCGGUAAAGAUGGGGUGGAGUUCCGGCCCAGCACGAUCACUACCUUAACAUUUUGCCUUGAUCAGAUCAAACAAAUCAAAGCCAAGCUUGGGGUUACGAUAAACGACGUAGUUACGGGAAUAAUUUUCUUGGGAACUCGGCUAUACAUGCAAUCAACAUCAUCGAGCCAUGAUGAUCGUAAUCAGCAGCAGGGCAAUGCAAAUGCUACUGCACUGGUGGUGCUCAACACCAGAGCCAUCGGUGGGUACAAGACGAUUGGAGAGAUGGUGAAACCCGAUUCUGAGAUGCCGUGGGGGAACCACUUCACCUUCUUGCAUGUCUCCAUACCUAAGUUUAGUCACAAUAAUGGUGCUUUUACUGAUGAGUCUAAUUCAAGUCCAAUCAGAUUUGUGAGGAAAGCACAUACGAUCAUUAAGAGGAAAAGAAACUCUGCUGCGGUUUAUCUCACUGGUAGGAUCCUAGAGAUAUUGAGGAAAUUUAGAGGCCAUGAGGCAGUAGCUCGGUACAUUUACAACACAUUGAAAAACUCAAGCAUAGGAAUGUCGAAUUUGAUUGGGCCGGUUGAGCAAAUGGCUUUGGCUAAUCACCCCAUCAAAGGAUUGUACUUUACACUGGUCGGCGGUCCAGAGGGUCUUACAAUAACGAUGAUAAGCUACGUGGGCAAGUUAAGAGUCACCAUGCGGAUGGAAAAAGGUUUCAUGGAUUCAAAGAAAUUCAAUUCAUGUAUUGAGAAUGCCUUCGACAUGAUAUUUCAAGCCGCGGUUCAAGAUGCCCCACCAUCAAAUUCAUAGAAGUUCAUGCGAUAAAAAAAACCCAAAAGGCGAAUGGAGAGUUGAUGUAAAAAUAUUGUUACAAGCUCAUAUUAUGUGAAACUUGCAUCAAACUGUACUGUAUUAAAUUGCAUCAUCAAAUUCAUAAAAUUAGUUGAUGCAAUAAAACUGUGGUUCCCAAAAGGUAAAUGCCUAAAUGGAGUUGAUAAAUUGCACUAGCCUACCUUGAGAUUGUUGACAAUUGCAGAAGUAUCCUACAAGGUUUGGAAAAUGCACCGCCCCUAUUUUACAAACUA